AUGUCCAAUCCAACCGAAACCCAACCACCGAAAGCUUCAGUUCCUUUGACGUCCAGUCCAACCGAAGCUCAACCAUCGAGGCUUUCCGUUCUUCUAAUGUCCAGUCCAAUCGAAACUCAACCAUCGAGAGCUUCCGUUUCUUCAACGUCCAGUCCAACCAAAAACUCAAUCAUCGAGGGCUUCCGUUCUUCUAAUGUCCAGUCCAAUGGAAACUCAAACAUCGAAGCUAUCCCAUUUUCCAAUAUUAAAUCAAGGCUGAAGGAUUCGAUCACAAUCUGGAAGGUUGUUGUCGAAUCGAGAACAUUUAUGAUAGAAGGACAGCUCAAUGCUCUGGAAUAG